AUGUUAGCGUAUGGCGUAGCCCCCAAUGUCGUGGAUGAAUAUCUACGUAUCGGCCAAACAACCUCAAGGAAUGCAUUGCAACAUUUUUGUCAGGGGGUUAUUUCACAAUUUGAAAGUGAAUAUCUACGUAAACCUACAGAUGAAGAUUUAAGGAGAAUCCUUCAUCAAAAUGAAUUGCGUGGGUUUCCAGGCAUGAUUGGUAGUAUAGACUGCAUGCAUUGGGAGUGGAAGAAUUGUCCUACGGCUUGGAAAGCACAAUAUGCUGGUCGUAGCAAGACUGCAACCCUCAUUCUUGAAGCCGUUGCUGAUCAGGAUUUAUGGAUUUGGCAUGCGUUCUUUGGAAUGCCUGGCUCAUGUAAUGAUUUUAAUGUCCUUUACCGUUCACCGGUGUUUGAUGAUGUUUUACAAGGUCGUGCACCACCAAUAAAUUUUUGGGUAAACGGACAUCAAUAUGAGUUGGCCUACUACUUGGCAGAUGGGAUUUAUCCGAAAUGGCCAACUUUUAUACAAGGUAUUACACAUCCUCAAGUUCAAAAAGACAAGUUGUUUGCUGAUCAACAAGCAGCAGUUCGGAAAGACGUUGAACGGGCUUUCGGAGUUUUACAAGCUAGGUUUUCUAUACUACGACAACCUGCACUGGCCUUCGACGAAGAUAUUCUUUGUGACAUUAUGAAAGCCUGUAUAAUAAUGCACAACAUGAUCGUCGAGGAUGAACGACACAACUACACACGGGCAGAUGUUUUGAGACGAUACUACGAAGAAGAUCGACCACAACGUCCAGCAGCGCGGGCGGGACCGAGCACAAGUGCCACGGUGAAUAACAACGAGCCAUUUGAAUUCAACAUCGGGCGGCCGCCCAACACAGAUUUCAACGCGUAUUUUCAGAGGAGGAUUGCCCUUCGUGAUAGAGAAAUUCAUUCGUCUCUCAAACAAGAUUUAGUAGAACACAUAUGA